AUGUUUUAUAUAUAUUUCAUUAAUUCACCAAAAUUCUGUUAUAAUCAGAUAUAUUAUAAAAGAACUAUAAAUAAAGAAAAAUUAUUUCUAAUUAACAGAAAAAGCUUUCUGAAGAACAUAAAAGAAAAUGACACUAUAAGAAAUAAUCAUAAAAUAAAUAUUGAUGAGCAAAAAAAUAAUAAAAAAACCAGAGUAACAUCUUAUAUUUUUAGUAAGUUCAGUCAUAUUUUUAAUGAAAAGAAUAAUUUUCUUAAAAGAAAAAAUAUAAAUUUUCUUGAGAAUUUCUCUAUUCAUAAAGAUUUAAAAAAGAAAAAAAUAGCCUUGUUAAAAGCAUAUAAAAAAAAGCAAAGAUAUUUAAAUUUUUCUAAAAAUUAUCUUAUAAAUGAAAAAAACAAACUAAAAUACAAAAAAGUAUGUGUAUACAAUAAUUAUUUGAAUGUAAAAAAAAAUAAAAAUAAUAAUAUUUUAAAAAAAAAUUAUUCUAGUGAAGAAAACUCCAAUAAAAACAAUAUAUAUAAUGGAAACAAAAGUAAAUAUUAUUUAAAUGAAAAUGAUAAAAGUAGUAAAAAUGUACAUGAUGGUUAUGCUAGUUCAGAUAGUGUAAACUACAUUUUAAAUGAAAACACAUUAGUAGAAAAUAAUACCAAUUUCGAAAAUAAAGAUAUGAAUGAAAAAAUAGAUAAUAAUACUAAUUAUUCUUUUAUAUUUGACACCAACGAUGAAUAUGACCCUAAUAAAUUUUUAAAUGUGUUAUAUUUUUUAAUUGAAAAAAAAAUAGAUAUUAACGAUUAUAUAGAAAAAGAAUUAAAUAGAAGAAUGACAUAUUUUAUAAAAAAAUGUAAUGAUAUUAAAAUGAUAUUUUUAUUGUUGCAUACUAUGAAUAAAUUAGUUUGCAUAAAUAAUUUAAUUAACAAACUACAUGAUCAUAUAUAUAAAAUUCAAGAUUCUGAAUUGUUAUCAAUAUUUGUACGUAUUCUAAUUAAUUCAAAUUAUCAAAAUAAAAAUUUACUAUUUUUUAUUUUAAACAAAUUAAAGGAAAAUAUAAACUUAAACAUCUGCUCAACAUUAACAGUCAGUAAUGCAUUUUAUAGUUAUUCAACAUUGUAUCAAAGAAAUUUAAUAGACUUAGAACAAAUUCCCUUACAACAAAUAAUUCAAAUAAUUUCUAAUUAUUAUAGUUCCUUUUCAUAUAUACAGCUUCUUGAAAUAGUUGAUGUUUUUCAAAAUUUUAAAUUCAUUAAUAAGGAUACAGAUAAAAUUUUAUAUAAAAGCGUAUCGAACUUAUUUUAUAAUAUAGGUAAUUAUUUUAUUAAUAAUGAUAUAAUAAAAUCGUUAAAAUUUAAAAAUAUUAAAGAGCUUAUGUAUUCUUAUGCUAAAAACAAAAUAUACCAUGAAAAGUUAUUUUUAUACUUAUAUCCCCCCUUAUUAGAAUAUAUAAGAAAACUUAACCAUAAUAUAAUAAGAAAUAAGUUUUACACAUUUUUAAAUGUUAAGGAUUCUGAUAAAAGUGAUUUGAAUGAAAAACUAACAAAUAAAAUAAAGCUAGAUGAUAGCAUUAAAAAUGAAAAAGAACAGAAAGAUAUAAAAAAUAAUUUGUUUCAUGAUGAUAAUAAAAUAUUAAAUAAAAAUUAUGAAUUAAUAAUUGAUGCUAGUAAAAAUGUUACUGAUAUUUUGUAUUCUUUUAGUAAGUUUAAUAUGUACAUAGAUGAAUUAUAUAAUGAAGUUUUAUUAUUUAUGCAGAAUUUUUAUAAAUAUAUAGAUUGUUCAAAUAUGUCACAAUGCUUAAUAUCAUUUACGAAAACAAAUUGUAACAUAUCAAUGCUUUUAUCUAAAAUCCAUUAUGAUAAAUUCAAUGUUAAUUCUAAUUAUAAUAAUUUUUUUAGAUAUGCUAGCUCUAUUGAUUUAAUGAAUUUUCUACUAGCAUUUAGUAGAAACUUAUAUUUUGAAAAAGAUGUAUAUAAUAUAAUUUCUGAGUUACUAUUGAAAGGAAAAAUUUAUUCAUUAGAGGCUUCUGAUUUAAUUAAUAUUAUUCAUGCUUAUAGUAAAAUUUAUUAUAUAGAUGAAAAGUUAUUUUUAACUGUUGAUAAUAUUAUUUGUUCUAGACUUGAUAGAAAUGAUAAUUAUUUAACAACAGAACUAGCUAUUAAGUAUUUAAAUGCUUGUGCUAAGUUGUCUUAUAAAAAUGAAAAAAUUAUUUAUAAAACAAUAGAAAUAUUACAUAGAUAUAAUUUUGCUAAUAUAAAAAUAUUUGAUUUAUUUAAAGUUUUAAAAAGUAUUAAAAAACUAAAUUUAUCCUUUGAAAGUUUAGAGUCUUAUAUUAAAAUGAUUGCACCUAAUUAUGCUUUUGAUUUUUCUAAAUAUACUAAUUACUACUAUAAAACUACAAAGGAUAUUCAUAUAAGAAAAAAAAAAUGGAUUUGGUAA